UAACCGGGGUUGGACCUUUUCUUCAAACAUCAGGACAAGAUGGAAUCCAAGCAAAAUGGCCACACAGAGAAAACUACUAUCACCACGACAAUCACAGAGACAAAUGACGUUGACCACUUCCAUGGAAUCAGAAAGGACGUCACUGCUGCAGAGUUGCUCGAAUCAAAAAUCAUCAACGAAGACCUCUACAAAAAUCUUACUUCUGGGAGUGUCACAGUGACAGAAGUAAGUGAAAUGGAAUCGGUGCGUAAGUACCUUGAAGGGACCAACUGCAUUGCAGGGGUGUACCUGCAGUCUACCAAAGAGACCCUCAGCAUCUACCAGGCCAAAAGCAAAGGCCUGCUGACUCCUGGUACCACUCUGAUUCUGCUGGAGGCCCAAGCUGCCACCGGCUUUGUCAUCGACCCAGUGAACAACAAGAAACUUUCUGUCGAGGAAGCUGUAGCCCAAAAAGUGGUUGGCAGUGAGUGGAAAAGCAAGCUGCUUUCAGCAGAAAGGGCAGUUACCGGAUACAAAGAUCCCUACACUGGAGACAUAAUCUCAUUGUUCCAGGCCUUGCAAAAAGAUCUCAUCGUCAAAGUUCAUGGAAUCCGUCUCCUUGAAGCACAAAUUGCCACCGGAGGCAUAAUUGACCCAGUGUACAGUCACAGGGUACCUGUACAGGUGGCAUACACAAGAGGAUACUUUGACAAAGAGAUGAACGAGAUUCUGUCUGACCCUGAUGACGACACAAAGGGCUUCUUUGACCCCAACACACAAGAGAAUCUCACCUAUCUUCAACUGGUUGAGAGGUGUAUCACAGAUCCCAUCACAGGCCUUAGCUUACUGGUGAUUGCGAAGAAAGACGAGUUGUAUUUCUUUGUUGACGAGGCAACCAAACUAAUUCUGAAAUCUACAACAACAACCAGAGCAGAAGGGAAUUACCAAGGAACAACCAUGACUCUAUGGGAUCUGCUCUACUCCAAAUACAUCAUUGAGGAGAAGAGGAGAGAGCUUGUGCAGCAGUAUAAGUCUGGAUCAAUCACAAUCGAAAGCUUCUUGGAAACCAUCCUGACAAUCAUUGAGCAGCAAACCGAGUUUAGCUCAUCUUCAUCAAUGGUCAUGUGCCAACCACCUGAAAGAAGGGUGGACAGCAGCACACUGAAAACUACUAUCACCACUACAGUCACAGAGACGAAUGACGUUGACCACUUCCAUGGAAUCAGAAAGGACGUCACUGCUGCAGAGUUGCUCGAAUCAAAAAUCAUCAACGAAGACCUCUACAAAAAUCUUACUUCUGGGAGUAUCACAGUGACAGAAGUAAGUGAAAUGGAAUCGGUGCGUAAGUACCUUGAAGGGACCAACUGCAUUGCAGGGGUGUACCUGCAGUCUACCAAAGAGACCCUCAGCAUCAACCAGGCCAAAAGCAAAGGCCUGCUGACUCCUGGUACCACUCUGGUUCUGCUGGAGGCCCAAGCUGCCACCGGCUUUGUCAUCGACCCAGUGAACAACAAGAAACUUUCUGUAGAGGAAGCUGUAGCCCAAAAAGUGGUUGGCAGUGAGUGGAAAAACAAGCUGCUUUCAGCAGAAAGGGCAGUUACCGGAUACAAAGAUCCCUACACUGGAGACAUAAUCUCAUUGUUCCAGGCCUUGCAAAAAGAUCUCAUUGUCAAAGUUCAUGGAAUCCGUCUCCUUGAAGCACAAAUUGCCACUGGAGGCAUAAUUGACCCAGUCUACAGUCACAGGGUACCUGUACAGGUGGCAUACACAAGAGGAUACUUUGAUAAAGAGAUGAACGAGAUUCUGUCUGACCCUGAUGACGACACAAAGGGCUUCUUUGACCCCAACACACAAGAGAAUCUCACCUAUCUUCAACUGGUUGAGAGGUGUAUCACAGAUCCCAUCACAGGCCUUAGCUUACUGGUGAUUGCGAAGAAAGACGAGUUGUAUUUCUUUGUUGACGAGGCAACCAAACUAAUUCUGAAAUCUACAACAACAACCAAAGCAGAAGGGAAAUACCAAGGAACAACCAUGACUCUAUGGGAUCUGCUCUACUCCAAAUACAUCACCGAGGAGAAGAGGAGAGAGCUUGUGCAGCAGUAUAAGUCUGGAUCAAUCACAAUCGAAAGCUUCUUGGAAACCAUCCUGACGAUCAUUGAGCAGCAAACUGAGUUUAGCUCUUCUUCAUCAAUGGUCAUGUGCCAACCACCUGAAAGAAGGGUGGACAGCAGCACACUGAAAACUACUAUCACCACUACAGUCACAGAGACAAAUGACGUUGACCACUUCCAUGGAAUCAGAAAGGACGUCACUGCUGCCGAGUUGCUCGAAUCAAAAAUCAUCAACGAAGACCUCUACAAAAAUCUUACUUCUGGGAGUAUCACAGUGACAGAAGUAAGUGAAAUGGAAUCGGUGCGUAAGUACCUUGAAGGGACCAACUGCAUUGCAGGGGUGUACCUGCAGUCUACCAAAGAGACCCUCAGCAUCUACCAGGCCAAAAGCAAAGGCCUGCUGACUCCUGGUACCACUCUGGUUCUGCUGGAGGCCCAAGCUGCCACCGGCUUUGUCAUCGACCCAGUGAACAACAAGAAACUUUCUGUAGAGGAAGCUGUAACCCAAAAAGUGGUUGGCAGUGAGUGGAAAAACAAGCUGCUUUCAGCAGAAAGGGCAGUUACAGGAUACAAAGAUCCCUACACUGGAGACAUAAUCUCAUUGUUCCAGGCCUUGCAAAAAGAUCUCAUUGUCAAAGUUCAUGGAAUCCGUCUCCUUGAAGCACAAAUUGCCACUGGAGGCAUAAUUGACCCAGUGUACAGUCACAGGGUACCUGUACAGGUGGCAUACACAAGAGGAUACUUUGAUAAAGAGAUGAACGAGAUUCUGUCUGACCCUGAUGACGACACAAAGGGCUUCUUUGACCCCAACACACAAGAGAAUCUCACCUAUCUUCAACUGGUUGAGAGGUGUAUCACAGAUCCCAUCACAGGCCUUAGCUUACUGGUGAUUGCGAAGAAAGACGAGUUGUAUUUCUUUGUUGAUGAGGCAACCAAACUAAUUCUGAAAUCUACAACAACAACCAGAGCAGAAGGGAAAUACCAAGGAACAACCAUGACUCUAUGGGAUCUGCUCUACUCCAAAUACAUCAUUGAGGAGAAGAGGAGAGAGCUUGUGCAGCAGUAUAAGUCUGGAUCAAUCACAAUCGAAAGCUUCUUGGAAACCAUCCUGACAAUCAUUGAGCAGCAAACCGAGUUUAGCUCAUCUUCAUCAAUGGUCAUGUGCCAACCACCUGAAAGAAGGGUGGACAGCAGCACACUGAAAACUACUGUCACCACUACAGUCACAGAGACGAAUGACGUUGACCACUUCCAUGGAAUCAGAAAGGACGUCACUGCUGCAGAGUUGCUCGAAUCAAAAAUCAUCAACGAAGACCUCUACAAAAAUCUUACUUCUGGGAGUAUCACAGUGACAGAAGUAAGUGAAAUGGAAUCGGUGCGUAAGUACCUUGAAGGGACCAACUGCAUUGCAGGGGUGUACCUGCAGUCUACCAAAGAGACCCUCAGCAUCAACCAGGCCAAAAGCAAAGGCCUGCUGACUCCUGGUACCACUCUGGUUCUGCUGGAGGCCCAAGCUGCCACCGGCUUUGUCAUCGACCCAGUGAACAACAAGAAACUUUCUGUAGAGGAAGCUGUCGCUCAAGGAGUGGUUGGCAGUGAGUGGAAAAAGAAGCUGCUUUCAGCAGAAAGGGCAGUUACAGGAUACAAAGAUCCCUACACUGGAGACAUAAUCUCAUUGUUCCAGGCCUUGCAAAAAGAUCUCAUUGUCAAAGUUCAUGGAAUCCGUCUCCUUGAAGCACAAAUUGCCACUGGAGGCAUAAUUGACCCAGUCUACAGUCACAGGGUACCUGUACAGGUGGCAUACACAAGAGGAUACUUUGAUAAAGAGAUGAACGAGAUUCUGUCUGACCCUGAUGACGACACAAAGGGCUUCUUUGACCCCAACACACAAGAGAAUCUCACCUAUCUUCAACUGGUUGAGAGGUGUAUCACAGAUCCCAUCACAGGCCUUAGCUUACUGGUGAUUGCGAAGAAAGACGAGUUGUAUUUCUUUGUUGACGAGGCAACCAAACUAAUUCUGAAAUCUACAACAACAACCAAAGCAGAAGGGAAAUACCAAGGAACAACCAUGACUCUAUGGGAUCUGCUCUACUCCAAAUACAUCACCGAGGAGAAGAGGAGAGAGCUUGUGCAGCAGUAUAACUCUGGAUCAAUCACAAUCGAAAGCUUCUUGGAAACCAUCCUGACGAUCAUUGAGCAGCAAACUGAGUUUAGCUCUUCUUCAUCAAUGGUCAUGUGCCAACCACCUGAAAGAAGGGUGGACAGCAGCACACUGAAAACUACUAUCACCACUACAGUCACAGAGACAAAUGACGUUGACCACUUCCAUGGAAUCAGAAAGGACGUCACUGCUGCCGAGUUGCUCGAAUCAAAAAUCAUCAACGAAGACCUCUACAAAAAUCUUACUUCUGGGAGUAUCACAGUGACAGAAGUAAGUGAAAUGGAAUCGGUGCGUAAGUACCUUGAAGGGACCAACUGCAUUGCAGGGGUGUACCUGCAGUCUAGCAAAGAGACCCUCAGCAUCUACCAGGCCAAAAGCAAAGGCCUGCUGACUCCUGGUACCACUCUGGUUCUGCUGGAGGCCCAAGCUGCCACCGGCUUUGUCAUCGACCCAGUGAACAACAAGAAACUUUCUGUAGAGGAAGCUGUAGCUCAAGGAGUGGUUGGCAGUGAGUGGAAAAAGAAGCUGCUUUCAGCAGAAAGGGCAGUUACAGGAUACAAAGAUCCCUACACUGGAGACAUAAUCUCAUUGUUCCAGGCCUUGCAAAAAGAUCUCAUUGUCAAAGUUCAUGGAAUCCGUCUCCUUGAAGCACAAAUUGCCACUGGAGGCAUAAUUGACCCAGUCUACAGUCACAGGGUACCUGUACAGGUGGCAUACACAAGAGGAUACUUUGAUAAAGAGAUGAACGAGAUUCUGUCUGACCCUGAUGACGACACAAAGGGCUUCUUUGACCCCAACACACAAGAGAAUCUCACCUAUCUUCAACUGGUUGAGAGGUGUAUCACAGAUCCCAUCACAGGCCUUAGCUUACUGGUGAUUGCGAAGAAAGACGAGUUGUAUUUCUUUGUUGACGAGGCAACCAAACUAAUUCUGAAAUCUACAACAACAACCAAAGCAGAAGGGAAAUACCAAGGAACAACCAUGACUCUAUGGGAUCUGCUCUACUCCAAAUACAUCACCGAGGAGAAGAGAGAGCUUGUGCAGCAGUAUAACUCUGGAUCAAUCACAAUCGAAAGCUUCUUGGAAACCAUCCUGACGAUCAUUGAGCAGCAAACUGAGUUUAGCUCUUCUUCAUCAAUGGUCAUGUGCCAACCACCUGAAAGAAGGGUGGACAGCAGCACACUGAAAACUACUAUCACCACUACAGUCACAGAGACAAAUGACGUUGACCACUUCCAUGGAAUCAGAAAGGACGUCACUGCUGCCGAGUUGCUCGAAUCAAAAAUCAUCAACGAAGACCUCUACAAAAAUCUUACUUCUGGGAGUAUCACAGUGACAGAAGUAAGUGAAAUGGAAUCGGUGCGUAAGUACCUUGAAGGGACCAACUGCAUUGCAGGGGUGUACCUGCAGUCUACCAAAGAGACCCUCAGCAUCUACCAGGCCAAAAGCAAAGGCCUGCUGACUCCUGGUACCACUCUGGUUCUGCUGGAGGCCCAAGCUGCCACCGGCUUUGUCAUCGACCCAGUGAACAACAAGAAACUUUCUGUCGAGGAAGCUGUAGCUCAAGGAGUGGUUGGCAGUGAGUGGAAAAACAAGCUGCUUUCAGCAGAAAGGGCAGUUACCGGAUACAAAGAUCCCUACACUGGAGACAUAAUCUCAUUGUUCCAGGCCUUGCAAAAAGAUCUCAUUGUCAAAGUUCAUGGAAUCCGUCUCCUUGAAGCACAAAUUGCCACUGGAGGCAUAAUUGACCCAGUGUACAGUCACAGGGUACCUGUACAGGUGGCAUACACAAGAGGAUACUUUGACAAAGAGAUGAACGAGAUUCUGUCUGACCCUGAUGACGACACAAAGGGCUUCUUUGACCCCAACACACAAGAGAAUCUCACCUAUCUUCAACUGGUUGAGAGGUGUAUCACAGAUCCCAUCACAGGCCUUAGCUUACUGGUGAUUGCGAAGAAAGACGAGUUGUAUUUCUUUGUUGACGAGGCAACCAAACUAAUUCUGAAAUCUACAACAACAACCAAAGCAGAAGGGAAAUACCAAGGAACAACCAUGACUCUAUGGGAUCUGCUCUACUCCAAAUACAUCACCGAGGAGAAGAGGAGAGCUUGUGCAGCAGUAUAACUCUGGAUCAAUCACAAUCGAAAGCUUCUUGGAAACCAUCCUGACGAUCAUUGAGCAGCAAACUGAGUUUAGCUCUUCUUCAUCAAUGGU